GCUGAUUGGAGCGGUAGCUUGUGCUCUCCGCCUGCGCUUGUGUCACCUUGCCGGAGACGGGUGCAGCAGGUUUAGCAGCGGAUCGGAGGGCAUUGUAGCGGAUCGUCCUGUAGCGAGGAAGCAAGAAUAACAGCGGCGACAUGGCAGCCCAACCGCCAAAGCCCAAAACUUCCCCUAAAUCUAUAAAGUUUUUGUUCGGCGGUUUGGCCGGGAUGGCGGCGACUGUCUUUGUGCAGCCAUUGGACCUGGUGAAGAACCGCAUGCAGCUGAGCGGCCAGGGCAGCAAGGCGCGGGAGUACAAGACCAGCCUGCACGCCGUGGCCAGCAUCCUGCGGCAUGAGGGCGUGCGUGGCAUCUACACCGGGCUGUCAGCUGGGCUGCUGAGGCAGGCCACCUACACGACGACGCGCCUUGGGAUCUACACGGUGCUCUUUGAGCGAAUGUCCAAGCCGGACGGGACGCCGCCCAACUUCUUCCUGAAGGCGUUGAUCGGCAUGACGGCGGGGGCCACGGGGGCCUUCGUGGGGACCCCCGCCGAGGUGGCACUCAUCCGCAUGACCUCCGACGGCCGCUUGCCCCCAGAUCAGAGGAGGGGGUACACAAAUGUCUUCAACGCCCUGAUCAGAAUCACCCGCGAGGAGGGGGUCACUACACUCUGGAGGGGCUGUAUACCCACCAUGGCGCGGGCUGUAGUGGUGAAUGCUGCCCAGCUGGCCUCCUACUCGCAGUCAAAGCAGGCCCUGUUAGACUCCGGGUACUUCAGGGAUGAUAUCCUGUGCCACUUCUGUGCCAGUAUGAUUAGCGGAUUGGUUACCACUGCUGCAUCCAUGCCUGUGGACAUUGUCAAGACUAGGAUUCAGAACAUGAGGAUGAUCGACGGCAAGCCAGAGUAUAAGAACGGAUUUGAUGUGCUCUUCAAAGUGAUACGAAAGGAAGGUUUCUUCAGUUUGUGGAAGGGCUUCACGCCCUACUACGCCCGUCUAGGUCCCCACACCGUCUUAACCUUUAUCUUCCUGGAGCAGAUGAACAGGCUCUACAAGGUGUACUUUCUUGACUCCUAAUGUCCGACUGGUGGAGCUGAACAGUGUGGAUAUCCCGAUGGACAACAUCAACCCCUCCCCCAACUUUUAGACUUGAUGUCCAACUUGCCCCAAACACCCCUAUCUAUACAGCUGCACUAGGCAUAAGUGGCCCCCCAAGACCCACUGACCAUGCGUUGAUACCCUUGACUGCUUGCUGACCAUUUGACCAGACCUCCCCUCCCCUCCAUGUAGUAGGUGGGCUGACUUGCCUCUAGCUUAAUCCUUGGAUUUCCCUCCAAGGUACUUGGUAUGGUCGUGCACACGCACGACAAAAGCUUUCGGAAACCCAUGUGUGGUGCCUGAUCUCUGACUGACACACAGGGUGACCUCACAUGCCACCAGUUGAGUGAAACGUUGUUGGUUUGUCUUCCAGCAAUCAUUUUCAAGCCUCAUAAACACCUGUUUUCACUUUUUCCGGAGUUCUCCAUUGAGCAGGUAAUGAAUUUUAAUGCGACAGUUUUAGACGUAGACCAGAAACAUCCAGGUGGGCUUUCUGGCAUAUCCAUUAAAAUAGUGUUUCGUAAUCCGGUCCUUGGGGACCCCCAGACGGUCCACGUUUUUGCUCCCUCCCAGCCAGCUACCCGUGAGCUGGGAGGGAGCAAAAACAUGGACUGUGUGGGAGUCGCCGAGGACCGGAUUGGGAAAUGCUGCGUUAAAAGAAAGUACUUCUAGCGUGUAGUCGGAAUGUCAUGAAAUCAGAUUUUGAUUUAGAGGAAUGUUCAUUAGGUGUGUUUUCCAAACAUCACCAGGAAAAUGUUACAUUAUGAUUUGCAAUACAAUAGAAGAGCCACCUUCCUGCACCUUGAGUUGAAUUUAUUGAAUGUUGAUGAGGGUUAAAAAAGAACUUUAGGUUGUUACAUUUUUGUCUUAUAAGAACAUUCUUUGGGUCUUUGUAAGUGUUUAGACCGUCGGUGAGGAAAUGUUACUUCUCACUUUAUGGAGAUUUUGCAGUAGAAACCAUAGUGAAACAUUCUUGAUGACUAUACUAUACUAUACUAUACUAUACUAUACUGUUUCAACUAUAGUGUGAAACUGAUUACGUAAAAGAAAAAAAAAAUCAGUUGAACUGAGACUGAUUUUUUUUAAGAGCGUCUUUUGUAGUCUUCAGACCAUGACUGUAGAAUGUUUACAUUUUUGGCUUCUGCUGCAGUAAUUAAAACGUUGACCACAUCUCAACCAUGGUUUGACACUUUAAAAAUUUAAGUUUGUAUGUUUUGAAUUUGGCUACUUCAAAGGUUAAGUUGGUUUAUGAAAGAUUUGCUCUUUGAAGCAAACACCGAAUCCAUAGGUUCAUAGGACACAAGGACUGUUCCUCUUCAAUGCCGUGAUACUAACGUCUUAUGCGACUGAUGACGAUGACCUGCACAACUGCUAAAUUUUACUGCCAGGUCGUUUCGUUUCAUUUGGUUCCAACAAGUCUAGCUUAAGUGCUGACUUACGAGUCGUAUCUGUUUUUUUAAGAAGAAAUAAGUUUGAAUCAACCCUGAUUUAGCAGUGUUGUAGUGUGCCUGUGUUUUAGUUUUUUUCCCCAGUUUAAUACAUGUUAAACAAAUCGGUUUUAAUGAAGUGAUGUAAACCAGAUCCACAGUCUGAAAGUAAUAAAUGGGGAAAUGUAAUAUUUUUCCAGCAAGUGUU